AUGUCUUUCAGAAACAACGGUAUCCGUAUGGCUAGAAUCGCCGCCUCCGGCGCUAGCAAGCAAAUCGCCUCCAAGAGAGCCUUGAGCGCCUUGGUCGCCGCUGCCCGUCCAAUUGUCUCCAAGCAAUCCAUGGCCCCUGCUGCUGUCCGUGGUGUCAAGACCAUCAACUUCGGUGGUACCGAAGAAAUCGUCCAUGAACGUGCCGACUGGCCAAGAGAAAAGUUGUUGGAAUACUUCAAGAACGACACCUUGGCUUUGAUUGGUUACGGUUCCCAAGGUUACGGUCAAGGUUUGAACUUGAGAGACAACGGUUUGAACGUUAUCAUCGGUGUCAGAAAGAACGGUGCUUCCUGGAAGGCCGCCAUUGAAGACGGCUGGGUUCCAGGUGAGAACUUGUUCGAUGUCAACGAAGCCAUUGGCAAGGGUACUUACAUCAUGAACUUGUUGUCUGAUGCUGCCCAAUCCGAGACCUGGGCCUCCAUCAAGCCUUUGAUCACCGAAGGUAAGACCUUGUACUUCUCCCACGGUUUCUCCCCAGUUUUCAAGAGCUUGACCAACGUCGAAACCCCAGAAAACGUUGAUGUUAUCUUGGCUGCUCCAAAGGGUUCCGGUAGAACUGUCAGAUCCUUGUUCAAGGAAGGCAGAGGUAUCAACUCCUCUUACGCCGUCUGGAACGAUGUCACCGGUAAGGCUGAAGAAAAGGCCAUUGCCUUGGCUGUCGCCAUUGGUUCUGGUUACGUCUACCAAACCACCUUCGAAAGAGAAGUCAACUCCGACUUGUACGGUGAAAGAGGUUGUUUGAUGGGUGGUAUCCACGGUAUGUUCUUGGCUCAAUACGAAGUCUUGAGAGAAAACGGCCACACCCCAUCUGAAGCUUUCAACGAAACCGUCGAAGAAGCCACCCAAUCCUUAUACCCAUUGAUUGGUAAGUACGGUAUGGACUACAUGUACGAUGCUUGUUCCACCACUGCCAGAAGAGGUGCUUUGGACUGGUACCCAAGAUUCAAGGAUGCCUUGAAGCCAGUCUUCGAAGACUUGUACGAAUCUGUCAAGAACGGUUCCGAAACCCAAAGAUCCUUGGACUUCAACUCCCAACCAGACUACCGUGAAAAGUUGGAAGAAGAAUUGAAGGUCAUCAGAGGUAUGGAAAUCUGGAGAGUUGGUAAGGAAGUCAGAAAGUUGCGUCCUGAAAACCAAUAA